UCAGAAUACUGAAUUUACACGGCCUGACAGGUUGUGCGCGUCGACAAAACGUUCCGCUGGAAGGCUGCAUGCACACAACUUCCCGAGACAACUUGCGGCAACAAGAAACUAUACGAGGCAAAAGUUCGCAAUGUUAUUGAAUGGAUUAUUUAUUUCUCAAAUGCGAACACUAAGGGAAAGGGACUAUACUCAAAUGUGAGUUCCCAUGCGCUUUUCUUGUGUGUGCAGCUAGGGCGAAAGCGUACAAGUGGCCCUAAGUGGCUGACUUUAGGAGGUCACUCACCAUGGCGUAUCCUCAGGGCUUUCUCUUUCAACCUUCGGUUUCUCUGGCUCUCCAUUCAUGUCCUCCGUUCGGUUCCAGUGUGAUUUUAGGAGGACCGAGGACGGAAGAGCUUGGUCGGUCGUCUUCAGGGUCUGCCUUCGCACCCUACGCGGGAUCACCGGCGUUCAAUGGUUCAUCGCAUGGCUUCAACUCUCACCUCCAGUAUAGCGGAGAGCAGAGGGCGGCACUGAACUCGUUUGUGGGUUCUGCGUAUGAUCCUUCAGCGGGCAUCACCGGUUCUUUGGACUAUCACCCGUUUGGCGGUGCAUUGGGCCCCUAUCCAUAUGGAGACCCUGCGUACCGGAAAAAUGCUACAAGGGAUGCGACUGCCACGCUCAAAGCGUGGCUAAAUGAACACCGCAAAAACCCCUACCCCACCAAGGGCGAGAAGAUCAUGCUUGCCAUCAUCACCAAGAUGACCCUCACCCAAGUGUCUACCUGGUUUGCCAACGCCAGAAGACGGUUGAAGAAGGAAAACAAAAUGACCUGGACUCCUAGGAAUAGAAGUGAGGAUGAAGAAGAGGAUGAUAACAUUGACCUGGAGAAGAAUGACGACGACGACGAGCCUAUCAAGCCCACAACGGAAAGUGGAAAAAAUGAAGCAGCUGGACAGCCUCCAAAUCCAGUAGGAUUCCCCUGUGAGAAAUACAAAUUGGACAAUAGCAGCAAUGACAUGGAACCUGUCUUAACUGAUCCGGAUUUAAAGGACCACGGGGACAGGAGAGUGCCGGAGAUGACGGGGUCCGCCACCGCAUCUCCCCGAAACGUGCAAGCCGGAGCGGAGAGAGAUUCAGACUCAGCGGACACGGCAAGUCCACCUCCACCGAGACGUAAUGACUCAGGCACCUCCAGCAACGCCUCAUCCGUUAUUCACUCGCCUGUUCCGGCGCCAAAACCUAAACUGUGGUCGCUUGCGGAGAUAGCAACUUCUUCAGACAAAUGUAAAGGAUGUAGCGAUGGCUCUCAGACCAUGUCCGGACAAUUACGCACAGAGAUUCCUGCUUGUGUGUCGUCUCCAUCUCGAGGCGCUCCUCAGAAUCCUUUCCCACACAGCGCAGCCCUCUCAAGACAUGUCUAUUAUACUUCUCCCUUUUUCCAGGGUUACUCAAAUUAUCAUGGCACUUUUGGACACCUGCACAGCCCCGGAUCCAACGUUGGGUCAGCGACACAUCUGAAUGGAUUACAUCAAACUAUGUUACACCGAGCCGAGGCCCUGGCAAGAGAAAGCAAAGCCAGGAGCCACACACAAAUAGAUGUGUGUAAAGACUUGAGAUAUGAACUGAAGAAAGCUGUGCUGUGCAUCCAGGCUAAACACCGGCAGACACCAGACGCUGCUGGGGCAUAUCUCUGAACCAGUGUGAGGUCCACUCCGCAUGUGAUAACCCCAAGGACUACCAGAUGUUUGAAUCUAAUAUAACCUAGCCCCCUGCCACGCAGUUCCUUCGCCCUCUUGUCUCCUUUCCCUCUCUCCUUCUUCCAUCUUUCCAAUUAUUUCCAUCUUCUCAUCUUCCCCUCGUUCCAGAAGUCGUACUAAGUGUUCUUCUGUGAGGCAAAACACCGGAGUGAACGGCCUAGUCUCUGAGGGCUGAGGUAAUGUUCUGCCUCAAACCAUGCUUUCCCUGCCCAUAUCAAAGAAAAAACGCAAUUUAUUUAAAAAUAUUAAUAGGAACAAUAGUCAGUUGUAAGACUUGUAUUAUAAUAGCACCUUUCAAAUUUUCGCUCUGCAUUGUAAAUAAUUUCCUUGCGCAUCAACCUCAGACAUUACAGAUUUGUGGCGGUUAAAGCCCCUUUCCCUUGAUUUGCUGCACCCGGUGAGUUGGAGUAAGGUUAGAACAAAACCCUGCACACCCAGUAGCUAGGCGAGCAGAUACGGCAGGAUACCACUGAGACAGUAAAAUAGAUGUCUGUAGCAGUUACUUUGUCUGGAGCGCCGCCUUGUGCCAAUGAAAGGUGCUGCAGCCCUGGUCACAGCAAAGCAAAAACCGCCAACAUUCCCCACAGAAUGUUGACUAGGUGAAGUAACGGCAUUAAAGUAUC